CCAAGAAGCACGCAAUUACUCCUCUAGACUCAACAUGUCUUCUACUCAAAGUGGCCAAGUCCCGAAACCAUAUGUGCUUUCCUAUAUAAGGAAGCCCGAAUUCCGUGUCGGAGACGAAGUGUAUCUGCUAAAUGCCGGCGGAUCCCGUGAGGGACCAUAUGUAAUUGCGUCUCUUCCAUCUACUGGACAUUGUACUCUUAGCGAUAGCAACGGAAAUGCGAUCGGCGGCGGGCAGGCGAUAAGUGUGGAUGAUGUAGAGGCUGCUUGAGGGUUUCGCAAUGUUUACCUAUCUGAGUAGGUAGGUAGAUGAAGCAAGGCACCCAAUCGCUGGGAGCAUAGCGACA